AUGAGAAACCGUACAUCGUUAUCCACGUUCAUACUUCUGGGACUGACAGAUGAUCCUCAAAUGCAAGUUCUGAUUUUUAUAUCUUACACAUUGAGUAAUCUGACCAUCAUUACAUUCUCUUUGGUAGAUUCUCACCUUAAAACUUCCAUGUAUUUCCUCAAAAACUUCUCCUUUUUAGAAAACGUAUUCACCAUGGUCUGCAUUCCCAGAGUCUUAUGCAGCUUAUCAACUGGGGACAAGACCAUUUCCUAUUAUGCUUGUUUUGCUCCACUACUUUUUGUCAUCUUCCUUGGAGCCACAGAAUUUUUUCUCCUGGGCAUCAUGUCCUGUGGUCACUAUGUGGCCAUCUGGAAACCCUUGCAUUAUGCAACUAUCGUGAGCAGCAAAGUUUGUGGACGGCUUGUUUGCUUUUGGAUAGCGGGGUUUUGGGUCAUGUUCCCACCACUUUGCCGGGGCUUAAACCUGGAAUUCUGUGACUAUAAUAUCAUUGAUCAUUUUCUCUGUGAUACUUCUCCCCUGCUGAAGAUCUCUUGUUCAGACACAUGGUUCAUAGAACAGAUGGCUGUUGUCCUUGCUGUGUUGACCAUCAUGACACUUCUGUGUGUAGUUAUGUCAUAUAUGCAUAUCAUCAAGACCAUCAUAGAGUUCCCUUCAGCCCAGCAAAGGAGGAAGUCCUUUUCUACCUACUCUUCUCACAUGAUUGUGUUUUUUGUCACCUACAGUGGUUGUAUUUUCAUCUAUAUCAAACCUCCAGCAAAGGAUGAAGUGGCAAUCAAUAAGUGUGUGUCAGUGCUUACUACUUCUGUUGACCCCAUGUUAAACCCAUUUAUUUAUACCCUGAGGAACAAGCAAGUGGAACAAGUUUUCACAGACUCAAUCAAGAGAACAUCAUUGAAGUAA